AAUGAACUGAGUGACACUGAGGAGACAUUUUCAAAUGGAGGACAUAAUAAAACCUUUUGCUCAUCACAGGAUAGUGUUGAGAACAACAUGCAGUUAAAUGACUUGCCAGGCUUUAAAGCCAACCUAAACUCUUCUAAGAAACAUGUCUACAGUGAAGUAGGCCUAACUACUAUUACACAGAAUGAAACUGGUUGGGAUAGACUCAAGAUGCUGUACUGUUACAGAUACCAAACAGGAUUUAUUCAGGAGGAUGUACAAAUGAUGAACACAAUUAUAAAGAGGGUUGUGUUCUUGGGGGCCAUCAUAAGUCUUGUCUCGGCUAGUUCUCGGUCAAGUGCUAAGUUGUUGGAGAAACAAUCACCAGAGCUGCCAACUAUGAAAGUAUUAUUGUUGGAACGUUCCAUUAGAAGAGAUAUCUUGAAGGAGACAGUCAAGACUACUCUUAAAAUGGCUGCUUUUUCAUGUAUAAUAAUUCACCUGUCUCAGGCUAUCGCUGCUUAUAGAAACAAAUCAACUGUUUGGGAAUAUGGCAUUGCAUCAUCCUUAGCCUUUGCCUUCAAAGAACUUGAUCAAGGAAUGAGAAUAGUGGUGAGGGCUGGAUCUAUGGGUGCCAUCAUGGGGAUCAUUGGAGGAUAUGUCAUAUGUUCUGCUUUGUCUACCUCUGGCUGGAGUCAAGAAGAAAGAAAUUUACCAAGAAGGCUGAAAUAUAUGAGUCUUCAGGAUGGACACAGUGUAAAGCUGUCUACUUCAGAGUUUACAAGAGAUUAAGAAACAAUUUUCAACCAAGAUCUAGUUCCUGGGAGAAAACAAGAUUUGUAACUGAUUCAUUGAACUGUUUACAAAACAUUAUGUGUCUGCUAUCCAGAAGUUGGAUAUCAGAUACUUUCUGAUUUGAAGUUUGUUAUAAUAAACUUUUGUUCAACAUUUUAACAUUGUGAUUUUAAAUAAAUAUUGAUGUAUUUCAACAAAAAAAAAAUAGUUCAUUUUAUUUUGAUUAAUAAAAUUACAGAUAAUGAAAUUG